AUGAAAAUCCCAUUUCUAAACAAGAAAUUUUCAUCUUCAUUUUCUUCAAAUAAUUCAAAUUCAUCAUCAUGGGCGUGGCCUUCUUGUCACCAAAACCCUAGAACCAUAUCUUUCAGAGCCACCGAUAUCGCAAACAACCUUAAUGACGUCAACGAGGAGGAGGAAGAGAAGCCAUUUCCUGCCAUCAUCUUCUCCUCCUCAAUCUCCUCCACCUCAACCACCGUUGACACCAUAGAAGAGCUGCCGGAGACCGAAUCCAUAGAGAAUUUGAUCAAAGGGAUAAAACCAUCAGAAAGACUCAUCUUUGAACGAAAAGGAGAAUCAAAAUCCAUACUCGAAGAGAAGAGGAACCAUGAUUCAUGCUCUUGUCCUUGGAAUCAAUAAUCUACAUUUUCUCUAAUUUCAAGUGAUUCAUGGUGGAGAUGGUUGAGGUACACACAAAUCAUCACGGCAAGAGAAGCAUCCAAGAUUAAUGAUAUGUACUCGAUAAGUCACGAGAGAAGAAGUAAACAUUCACUUGACCUUUUUACUUGGUUAGAAUAG